CAGUGACGUCAGCUGUCUCGCGAAAGGUUUCCUCUUCCUGCUUCUCUACGGAAGUAACUCAAAGUAAACGGCUUUAUUGAUUUGGAGAGAUAUGGAUGAAUUGGAGUCGUCACCCUGCUGGAUCAGUAGCCCUUUAGAGCAACAGGAAUGAACAUGUGCGCUGAGCAUCAUAGUUUGGCCAACAUUUGUAUUGCACGAAGAGCAAAAUGGCAGAAGAGACAGCACUGGUGGACGAGAAGAAACUAUCAGAUCUCUGUGUGAGCCUUAACACUGUGAUGAAUAGCCUCUCAGAAAAAUCAAUCUCAGGAUCAAGAGGCACUGAAAAUAUCUCUGGAGAACACACAGCCGCUGGAAGUCUGACUAUGGGUUCUUCUUUACAGCCAAGCACGCGAACCACUGACGCAUUAAAAGCUCAGAAACCUCAACGAGAUGAUAGCUAUCCAUCCUCUCUUCGCUCCACCUCCACUUCUUGCAGCUCCUACAGCCUAGAAAUCAGCGUAUCCACAACCAAUAACAGUAACAAAGAAUCUAGACCACUGCCUUUAAAGACACCUCCAGAAAGCAGAGAUGGUGAAAUCCAUGGGGCCACGCCCCCAAAUCAGAAACCAGUUUCUUCAGUAACAAAGUCAUAUAGACCUUCAGGUCCUAAGCCACACCAAGAAAAGGAGGAGUUGGCAGAAUCAAAGUUCAGUCAGUGCUUAGAUAAGCAUGGCAGUUCAGAGAUUGUAACACACAAGAGUAUAGAAUCCAGACUGGAGAAGACAUUUUUGUCCAGCCCUAGUGGUGAUGGGAAGGUCGGAGCUCAACCAAUGUCAACAAGCCAGUCACCUAAAGCAACUUCCAUUCAGGAAGUUGGAAAUUAUGACAGUUUUAGUCCAGAGAAGCGAGCCAGCCAGGAGGAAGAGGACAUGUUUUAUGCAUUUGUAAUCCUGCAUGCACAGGAGGACUCUGAAGAAGCUGUAAGACUCAAGUCCAGGUUGGAGAAGAUUUCCUUAACAACUGGAGCAACUUUCUCUGAGGAUUUUGCAGUACCCGGCCAGUCCACCUUCAGAUGUGUGGAGGAAGCAAUCGAAAACUCUGCCUUCGUCAUGCUACUGCUUACGCCAAACUUUAACACUCACCUAAAUGAAGCAAACACAGAUUCUGCACUCAUGAACUCCCUUGAAAAACCACACAAAUACAACACUGUCAUCCCUUUGCUGCCCCGGGCCAAUGGUUUGACUCGUGACCAAAUGCCCUUAAUUUUGAGAACUAAAAACCCACUAGAUGAAAUAAGGGACAGAGAUGUUUUUGAAAAGAAGGUCCAAAAGGUCUUGGACUGGAAAAACAUAAAGAAACAGAAGUUAAUGUGGCAACUGGCACAAAAGGUAAAGAAACAACGGGAAGAACAGCAAAGGUUGCAGGAGGAGAGACGGUACCAUAGAGACUUGUUUCAAGAGUGUACAAGGGCCCGGGACUUAGAGGCGCAAAUACAGCAGAUGCGACAGCAACCCAAUUUACAUCAGGGUUUUCCUGGAAGGCCACAGUCAUUUGAUCCUAGGCCUUUCCAAAGUCCAAGUCCGGUGCCUUCAUAUUACAGUGGAAAUAUGUGGCAACAGCCAUCAUCCCACAUUCACAUCCAGAAUGCUCGUUGCAUCAUGAUUGGUGAUAAUUCCACCAUGACUGUGGGAGGAGGUGUAGACUCUGGGGAUGAAGAUAAUUUAUGAAAAAUGAAACACUGUCUGGAAUCACAAAAAUAAGUGCAAUUCGCAUCACUACGAGAUUGGACCUUUAGAUUAUCCAAUGAUUAUGGUUGUUAUGGGAUCACGGUUUCAUUGUUACUCGUAGUGUAUGAUUUGAUGAUUACUUCACUGUUGACCUUUUUACAAUACAGAUUAAAUCUGUCCAUUACCAUUUACCAAUUAAUUUUUCAAAUUCCUUGCUGCAGUGGUUCUUCUCAUCUUUUGUGUUUGGCUGUAACUCCCCAAAAAUUUCUCAACUCCCUUUCUCUGGAUUUGCCGUUAAUCAUACUACAGCAACCACCGUUUCUCCACUUAGGGGACUUCACAUCCUUUUGGCUGUAUAAUCCACUGUUUUUGUGAACAUGUUACAACACCUACCUCUGCUGAGACUCCUUGCAUGUUCAUACGCAACAUCUGUCAAACACACAGAAUAACAUGACAUUGCAGACUAAAACUAAACCCAGCAACUAUCGAGGGAUGUUAUUUCGCUAAGAAGUGCUGUACACUGCCAUGCCUGAUGGAUAUUUUAUAUAAUUUUGGUUUAUCACACCACCUUUUCUCUCUCAGCGACUCUCUUUCGGCUUAUAAGGACAAUAUACUAAAUACGAACAAUGGAAGAGAUUUUAUGGAAAAAGUCAUUCUCAAAAAUGUUUCUAAGAAAAGACUAAUGAGGGGAUUUAAGCUUGAAACCAUGAUAUUGUUUUAAACUAGGUUGUCGGACUGUGAAAAUUACAAAUGAUUCACAAUUGUAUAUGGUUGAUUGUCUGGUCAAUAACAUGAUUACCCAGGACUCAACGUUUGUGUGCUGUGGCACGAAAAAUAUUUUAAAAGAAGGUGUUUAUCAGAACUGCAGUGGCAAUUUUUUUUUAUUUUUGAGAAUUCUCAAAUGUCCCUAAAUCUAUUACAUACUGUACUAAAAACAAAGUUUACCUGUUUCUACAAAUACAGUACUUAACAAUGGCUUCCUGGGCGAGUUUUCAAACCGCUAGAAGCAGGAGAUGAUCAACAAAGAAAUGAGGAAGAACAUUUGUUUGAAGACCAGGUUAAAUCACUCCACCAUUCCUGUGACAGGAGGUGGAGACUCGGGGGUUGAAGAUAAUUUCCGAGAUAUGACACUUGGAUCACGAAUGAAAACUGGUACAAUUAUCUAUAUCAAUGUUAUUCUGCAUGGAACUGUGUUUUUUCCAAUGAAACAUCUGAUGAUUUUAUCUUCUACAUAUAUGGAUGAUGGUGUGAUUGUGGUAUCCAGCAUAUCAUCAAUAAAAUGAUUACCCUGGAA